UUUCUCUCCGACCAAUCAGCUCCUGACAGUUGACAGGAAACGUCAAAUACUCGCUCCGCCUGGCCAAUCAGCGACAGGCGACGGCAGUUUGUGCCCUCCAAUAAUCCCACGUGACCCUCCUCAGCAGUUCCCAGGCGGUCACAUCGGAGAGCCGGAGACUAUGGAUCAGAGGGUGUGGUUUAGUGUUCUUCUGGCAGCGGGCCUCCUCUGCCUCAGUUUGACUCCUGUCUGUCAGGCCGAGGACCUGGUGGAGGACGUCCUGGGUGACGAUGUGGACGUGGAGGACGAGCUGGAUCUGGAUGUAGCCGGAGUCGACGACGACGAGGAACUGGACGGGGACAUGCAGGACGAAGCUCCGCCUGCUCCCAAGACUCCUCCCACACCUAAAGUGACCUACAAGGCUCCAGAGCCGAUGGGGGAACAUUUCUUCGCUGAGAGUUUCGACAGGGGGACACUUGAAGGGUGGGUGAUGUCGAGCGCCAAGAAGGACGACGCCGAUGAAGAGAUCGCCAAGUAUGACGGUAAAUGGGAGGUGGAAGAGAUGAAGGACAGUAAGCUGCCCGGUGAUAAAGGUCUCGUUCUGAAGUCCAGAGCUAAACAUCACGCCAUCUCCGGUCAGAUGCUGCGACCUUUCACCUUUGACACCAAACCGCUCAUCAUCCAGUACGAGGUGAACUUCCAGUCAGGUAUCGACUGUGGCGGCGCCUACGUCAAGCUGCUGACUCAGACUCCCGACCUCGACCUGGACCAGUUUGUGGAUAAAACUCCGUACACCAUCAUGUUCGGACCAGACAAAUGUGGAGAAGAGUACAAACUGCACUUCAUCUUCAGACACCAGAACCCCAAAACAGGAGAAUACGAAGAGAAACACGCCAAGAAACCCGACGCCGACCUGAGGACGUACUACACUGACAAGAAGACACACCUGUACACACUGGUGGUGAACCCUGACAACACCUUUGAGGUGCUGGUGGAUCAGACGGUGGUGAACAGCGGCAGCCUGCUGACAGACAUGACCCCCCCUGUCAACCCCCCCGCUGAGAUCGAGGACCCCGACGACCAGAAGCCGGAGGACUGGGACGAGAGGCCCAAGAUCCAGGACCCCGCCGCCGCCAAGCCCGAGGACUGGGAUGAGGAUGCUCCCGCUCAGAUCGCUGAUGAAGACGCCGUGAAACCAGACGGUUGGCUGGACGACGAGCCCGAGUACAUCGGAGACCCCGACGCCGUCAAACCUGAAGACUGGGACGAGGACAUGGACGGCGAAUGGGAAGCUCCUCAGAUCCCUAACCCCGCCUGUGAGACCGCCCCCGGCUGUGGAGCCUGGAAACGUCCGAUGAUCGACAACCCCAACUACAAGGGCAAGUGGAAGGCACCGAUGAUCGACAACCCCAACUACCAGGGCGUCUGGAAGCCGAGGAAGAUCGCCAACCCAGCGUUCUUCGAGGACCUGCACCCGUUCAGGAUGAGCGCCUUCAGCGCCGUGGGACUCGAGCUCUGGUCCAUGACCUCCGACAUCUUCUUCGACAACUUCUUCAUCACCAACGACCGCAACACCGCCGACCGCUGGGCCAACGACGGCUGGGGGCUGAAGAAGGCAGCAGAGGGCGCCGCUGAGCCGGGUCUGGCCACUCAGAUGCUGAACGCCGCAGAGGAGCGUCCGUGGCUCUGGGUCGUCUACGUCCUCACCAUGGCUUUACCGCUCGUCCUCAUCAUCGCCUUCUGCUGCACGGGCAAGAAGAAGAGCGCAGCGACGCCGGCGGCGGAGUACAAGAAGACAGACGAACCUCAGCCCGACGUGAAGGAGGCGGAGGAGGAGGAAGAAGAGGAGGAGGAGGAGAAGGCUGAAGAGGCCGAGAAGAGCAGUCCAGCUGCAGAGAAGAGCGACGGAGAGGAAAACCCUGCAGAGAAAGAAGAUGAAGAAGAAGAAGAAGAAGAGGAAGAAGAAGAAGAGAAGGAGGCCACAGCUGACGAGAAGUUGGAGGAUGACGUUCUGCGGAGAUCUCCCAGGAACAGGAAGGUCAGAAGGGACUAAUAUCUCUGAAUCGACUGAUAUGACCUCAACAGUCCCCGCCCCCCUUCCCCCAAGAUACCCCUCCCCCUCCCUCCCUCCUCUUCUUGUACUCCAAGGCGAUGAAGCCUAAACGUGGAACCCGUGGAAGCAGCGAAGCCGACAGGAAACUAAUCAAGACCUCCGAUGUGGACGACUGAUGAUGAUGAUGAUGAUGAUGAUGAUGAUGAAGAUGAUUCCAGUAUGAACAGGACUGAGUUGAUUUAAAGGAUUUUGUUGUUUUUUUUUUUUUUUAAAAAGAGAUUAACUGAGAUUAACUAAAACUUCCUGCAUCAUUCCUUAACAACACCUGAGCAGACUCGAACCCGCGGGACCGUCCUGUCCGGUCCGCCGCUCCGCCCACCGCUCGCCACCCAGCGCCAACCUGAGCUAAGCUGCCGCGUCCUGCUAAUCAACAACCUGCUUAACAGUCUCUGACUGACAGAUCAUUGGCUAAUCUGAAGUAGCUAUCUUUUAAACCUGAUUGGUUUACCAACAUACUGCUAAUUAGCAGAAUAUCAAGGGGCUAAUUAGCAAGCUAAUCUGGUGAGGAUUAUCCUACAAACGAUCUAAGUGAUUGACCAACCAAAAGGCAAAUAGGCCGCUAGUUAGCCUUCCUGCAGUCUGAUAAACCUUCCAGGAGUUUUCACCAUGUCAGUCCUUUAAUUAGACUUCUGACAAUUAACUGUCACUUCUUGGCUAACGGUUUGCAGUAGCCUACCAUCAUGCAGUUAUGGCUACAGUCAUUUUAUCAGCCUACCAGCAGCCAGAUCAUCUAGCUGCCAGCAGUCUGGAUUAUCCCACAAACAGUCGGGGAAUUAGCCAAACCAUAAAUCCAUCUGAUCAGCCUACCGACAGGUCGCUAACAAGCCUGCAUACCAUGUAAAACUGGCUAAAUAACCUGAAAACUACCUGCUAAUUAGGCUCCGAACAGCUUGCUAACGUGUCGUUUGGCUAUCAACAGUCACUAGUUGGCCUACAAUCAGACAUUAGCCUAGCGUCAUCCUGCUUUGGCUUUCAACAGGCUGCUAAUUAGCCCACAAACAAUGCCAUUACAUCAUCAACCAUCUGCUAAUUAGCCUAAAAGUAACUUAGGUCAAUAUUCCCACCACUAGCAGCCUCAUCAGCUAAGAGCAAUUUGCUAAUUUGUCCCUUGAAAAACAAAUCGUUUAGCAAACAACAGUUGGUAAUUAGCCUAACAACGGGUUGCUAACACGCCCACAAACAAUGUAAUGAACUUACCAACAACUAGCCUGCAAACUAGCCUGCAGACAAGUUAGUAAAUAGUUUGUUAGUAACAAAUAAAUUAACUUUACUAAUAUCUUAAAUUAAUAACAACACAACAUACUGGUUAGCCUCCUUGCUAAUAUUUAAAAAGUGAACUUUUUUUAUUGGUCUGUGACUUUUUCCCUCUUUUCUCUGUUUUUCUAGUCAUGUUUGUGUUUAUGUAGCCUGAGCGUCUCCUCUGUGUUUAAACAUCCUGAUGACAGCGAGGGGAAGGUCAGAGGUCAACCAGGGUCAGAGGUCAGAGCCUUACAGGGUCAUACGCUGUGUUCAGAACCACCUACUACAUACAACCAACCAGCUGCUGUUCGUAGCACUAUGCAGUAUGAAACUGUAAUAUCGAUUCGAUUAGCAGUAUGCUAGGCAAGCUUAGCUGGUUUCUGGUUUCACAGAUUCUUCUUCUUCUUCUUCCUGUUUUUAUGUCGGGUGGCAACGAGCGUUGAGGUGCAUUACUGCCACCUGCUAUGUUACUGGAGCGUGAACCAGUUGCAUUUUACAUGCUACAUUUCAGCCAAAAUCAGUAGGUACAGCUGGUAUGCAGCCAUAGAGAGUGAAAGUAGAGCUCGAUUUAACUGUAACGAAUGAUUAUUUUCAUUAUUGUUUAGUUGUUUAGUCCACAAAAUGUCAGAAAACGUUCAAAAAAACCCAAGACGACG